GAGACUUGACUGGAAAGACUUGUGACUUGGCCACACCCCUAUUGAUUAUUAUGUCUUUUUAGCUUGAACUGGACGUGUCUGGGAUUUCCGUGUGGACCCUGAAGGCAGCACUUGGCCUGUAAACUGUACGCAUCUUCUCCGGUUACAGGGGCGGGGCCUGUUUAGUGUAGCUGCUACAGGGACACCAAGAUGGAAAUGCAGGGGCUUUCUGAUGCUCCCAACAUUCGCUCUCAACAUGGCGGCCUGCACGGGGCCCCUUCAGCAACACUCCAGUCCUUGCCUCGUUUUCUUAACGCCAAAAAGGAAACGGACAGGCAUCCGGGUCCGCCCGAGCCUCAAAAUGAAAACCACAACGCCAGAUCGAAGACAUCACCGUCCCGCCUGCUGGCAGAAAAUGGCAGCUAUUCGCCUGUCUGCAAAACCCAGUCGGGGACUAGCGUCACCCUCUCGGAUGAAAGAGCUGUUUUGGGACUGCAUCACUUGAACGCAGACAAAGAAAGUGAUCUAAAUGCGCUUCUUGUUUCGCACGAGCUCAACAGGACAGGCUGGAAAUACGACGAGAGCGGGGACGCCGUCCUGCAAAUGGCGCUGCCUCUGUUCGAGGGGGAAGAGGACCUGGUGCCGCAGCGGCAGCUGGCGUUGCCUUGCCCGGCUUUACACCAGCAGCCUUCUGUAGCGAGCAACAGCGCUGCCGCUUCUAGGAGCUCGACCUCCGUCAGCAAGGCCGCCAAACGCACACAGGACCUGCUGGUUGUCUUUAACGCUCUUCACGACGAUGGGCUGGCCGAGACCAGCAGACGUCUGUCAUGUGACUUCGGCGGAAGUCAGGUGAAAGCCGAAGACGCGGGGAGCUCCAAGGCCAGUCGCCUCGGCCCCAUGGAAGGAGUCGGCGUCCCGUUAAGCGAGCUCAGCCCGGCCUGUCCUCACACACAGUCCGCGAAAACGGAUUCUGCGCUCAGCUUCAUUCCCGAAGGUUCUGCCGUGAUAAACGUCGAACACGUUGUGUUAACGAACAAGUAUGGCGAUAAGAUGUGUGGGCAGAUUUGUACCGACGCGGGCGACAGGAAGCUGUUGAGAGAGCUGACUGGAAUCGAUGAAAACAUCGCGUUGAGUUCCGAGGCGGCGGGCGUCGUGGAGGCUGUGGAAGAGUCGGAUCAUGCCUGUAACCCCGGUACCGACCCGGUCCCUGCCAGUGACACCUUCUCCGGAACCAUCACGAUAAACAACCAGAGCAUAGUAGUGACCAUAGAGAACGGAGUGUUGACUCUCGCUGCGCCUCCUGACGGACAUGUCCGUAAGGACGAUGACCUGGUGAGCCUAAAGGAGCACCUGGGCAUGAAAGACCAUGAGGACAUCGUUCUUCUCAACUAUGACAGUGGCACCAAGUCAAUCGGGAAGAUCAGCACCCUCGCUGUAGCUGGUCCUCAGCAGCAGGAAGAGCCCAGACCGGUCAGUGACUCGGAACUGACUCUGGUGGAUGACAGCUCGUUUUCAGAGCUUUCGUUUGAUUCCUGUCCCAUAGUGAAACAGGAGGCAGGGGCACUGUGCACUUUGACAGAGAUCGAUUUGGUCACUUCGUUGCCCAAAGGCACCAUGGCAGAAUGUGACAAUGCCAACACAAGCCCUCUACCACUAAUCAGGCCAAAAAAAGACACCGUGACCCCCUUUGACUGUCCUGAACCAGGCUGCUCAUGCACAUUUGAGUCUCGCCAGAAACUUAAGGUCCACCUUCUGAACCACACCGAGGACCCGCGGCCUUACCAGUGCAUCGUGGAAGGCUGUGGGUGGGCUUUUGCUACCUCGUACAAGCUGAAACGACACCUGCAGUCCCACAACAAGCAGCGACCACACAUCUGCCAGUUUGAGGGCUGCGGGCGGCGGUUCACCACCGUCUACAAUCUUAAGGCUCAUGUUAAAGUCCAUGAGCAGGACAACGCCUUCACUUGUGAGAGCUGCAGUGAGAAGUUCCGCAGCAUCACACGCCUCACCAAUCACCAGAGGGUACACUUUGAACCACAGAGACCCCAUAGGUGUGAAUAUCCAGGCUGUGAGAAAACCUUCAUCACAUUCAGUGCCCUGUUCUCCCAUAACCGCACUCACUUCAGAGAAACGGGCCACUUCGCAUGCACUUACCCCGGAUGUGACAAGACCUACGACAAGGCGUGUCGGCUUAAAAUACACACGAGGAGUCACACAGGUGAAAGACCUUUUGCCUGUGACUCAAAAGGUUGUGGCUGGACUUUUACCAGCAUGUCCAAGUUACUCCGCCAUAAACGGAAGCAUGAUGAUGACCGUCGAUUUGUCUGUACAGAGGAGGGAUGUGGAAAGUCCUUCACCAGGGCCGAGCACCUUAAGGGUCACAGCAUUACUCAUCUGGGCACCAAGCCCUUCCAGUGCCAUGCAGAAGGAUGUAAUGCCAAGUUUUCAGCCCGAAGCAGUCUCUACAUCCACUCAAGGAAGCACAAACAGGACGGCAGCAGCCCGAGGACUAGGUGCCCUGUUGCCAGUUGUUCCAAGCACUUCUCAUCACGCAGCAGCCUGAAGAGUCACAUUAUCAAAUGCCACCACCUGAGUCCUGAUGUUCUGGGUCAAAUGGAGACCACCCCUAGCCUGACCCCCAGCAGCGAGCUCAUCAGCGCCACCCCUAACUCUGUGGCUAGCCCUGGUGUUGCCGUUGGAGACCAGCUGAACUUAGACCUUAGCUCCUUGUUCUCUACUGUGCCCGGGGCUUCUGCACCCACUGGGGUGGGGAUCCCCGUCACUGGGAGCGGCUCCUUUACCAUGGACCUGUCUAUGGUCAGCUCGGGUAUUCUCACCAUUGACCCCUCCUCCUCAGUGGGAACCACACUUGUUACCAGCACCAACCCAACACUGGCCAAGGCCUUGGACCCCCUCAUCAUGGCAGCCGGUGCCGACAUGGUCCAUCAGCAUGGCCUAGAAGGAAAAGCAGGAGAUGUUCUACCCCCUCAAGGCACAAUUAACCUGAGUGAUGUACAGACUGUUUCUCCAGGGGCCUUGGGGAACCUCACAGCUCUGACGCCGCAGAGUGCUGCUGCCUCGGUGGAUCCUGCUGUGCCGCACCCACACAGUCCCUCCAGCGGCCUAAACGUGGGGUCCCCAGCCUCGCUGGCUGUGACUCCUGCUGCUGAGCUGCUGCGAUCUCCUUCAAAAGUGGUAGAGAUCGGAGCCCAGGGAGGUGCAGGUUCUUUGCUGGGGUGUGUGGAAGUGAUGGCUCCCCAGGAAGCAGGAAAAGUCCUCACUCAGUUUGUUUUCCCCAGCCUCAGCAACUGCUUUAGCCCACAGAAAGACCCGGAACCUACCGUGUCACCAAGCAGCUUCCUGGAGAGCGGAGGCUCAGCCAGGACCGACUACAGAGCUAUCCAGAUGGCUAAGAAGAAGAAGAAGCAGAAAGGUUCCUCAGGUCCACCAGGAACGUCCUGUCAGAGAAACACCAAGGGAUCCAGGGUUGCCAUGGCAGUGCUGCCCCCCCGUUAUAGUGAUGGAGCUGUAGCAGCUGCUGGGGGCCUCGCGCUGAGGGACCAUGUCAUUGGGGCCCAGUACAUCCAAAUCCAGCUGCUGCAGGAUGACCCAGCCAGUAAUGGUGACCUGGCCUUCCAGCUGAGCUCCCAGGCCUCCAGCUCUCACUCUCAGCUCACUGCUGAUCUUCCUGUCAACAUUUUACAGGAACCCUCAGCGAUGACCGAAGAAGACAACGGCUCAGACAACUCCCAGUUCACAGGAAGUACCAUCAACCUUCAGGACCUGGAGUGAUCCUUUCCUCCCCCAGCUAGAGUCACAGGUCCACAGCACCCAGGGUUCCUCUGGUGCCUCGUUAACCAUCAGACCUCCAGAACGCCCGGUUGUCUGAACCAAAUCCUGACCCUCUGCAGACGAUCGAGUCCAGUCUGACAACUGGUGAAUCUUGGAAAGUGGACUGGGUAGAAUGGUUUCCACUGAUCAUGCACCUUUAGAUGAGCAGAUGGGUCUCGGAUGAGAAGAUCAUCAGAGCCACCAGAGGUUCCAGUCCUUGUUUCUGGAUCAUUGUGCCACACACACACACACUCUGCAUGAGUCUGCACUCCAGUUGCCUUACACACCUCAUGCUGUGCAGGUUUCCAUCUGCAGACCGGCGGCGUGAGCCCACAUACCUUAGAUUUAUUUUUGUAAGCCAUCAGAGGACCAUGUUGAGAAGAGGCCUGCAGGACCAGUGUACCUCCAGAAGCCCCUUGCUCACCUGAGGAAUGAAACCAGGUGUGCUGGUGCCCCCCGGCCUGCUUCAGGCCUUAUUUAUUAAAGCUGUGUGUUUACGGACAGCAGAUGAUUAAAGAGUAAGAACUGACA